AACAGUCGGCAUCGGUUUAAUAACAGUAUAUUUAGUGAGAUUUUAUGUAAAAGUGUUUUCUCAACCCCGGGGUCCGUUCCCACUUCCAAUUAUUGGCAAUGCUUUGCUGUUCAGAAAUACAACAGAAACUCAAUUUGUAAUAAUGAAUGAAUUGCACAAAACGUAUGGACCGGUGUAUACUAUGUGGUUGGGGUGGACACCAAUUGUGGUCAUAUCGGGAAUGAAUUUAAUUAAAACCGCAUUUAAUUCAAAAAACAACGAAUUGAUGGGAAGACCGAAAAAUAGCAUCACUGAAACACUGUUGGCGUCGGGCAGUGACGUCGCCUUCACAAAUCACGGACCCGUUUGGGCCAGUCUUAGACGUGUCGCACACUCGGCGGUCAGAAAAUUAGCCAUAAGUGAGAAGUUGUCUGAUUUGGUGGACGAUGUUGUCAGCGAAACCACUGAUACCAUGAUUAAGACACAUCCAAUUGGGACACCAUUUAAUCCCAAGAGUUUUAUUUACGCCAAUGUAUUCAAUAUAAUCGCUUCGUCCGCUUUUGGCAAACGAUACAAGUUUGGGGACAAAGAGCUCAAGUUUUUAGAGCAAAGUUUUGAGGACUUUAGAAACAACACCAAUGAUCUGGUGAUUUGCGAUCGCAUACCUGUCCUCAAAAAGUUGCCAAAAUAUGCCAACAUUUUGCGAAAAACAUUACAAACUUUAAAGGGUUUGUCAGGAUUUGUGAGACAGCAAUAUAUGGAUCACUUGGAGACCCAUUCCUCGGGUGUCGUCAAUGACUUCUGUGACGCUCUCAUUGAGGCUAAAGAGGAGGCCAUUCAGGAGGCGAAGGAAAGCGCCGCCGCUUUGAUUGAUACUAACCUUUCACUCGUUAUUGUGAAUAUAUUUAUAGCCGGUUCGGACACAACUCAAUAUACUUUGCGAUGGAUUCUACUAUUAAUGGCAAACAACACUGAAAUGCAGAUUCAGAUGAGGGAUGAGAUCGAGUCUGUGAUCGGCGAUAGAGUGGCCACUCAUGAGGACAGAAAUGAAUGCCAUUUUGUUAACGCUUUCAUCGCUGAAGUAUUACGUUAUAGAAAUGUUACGCCAUUAGGUCUGCCACAUGUGGCCAUGUCUGAUAUGCAACUUGAUAAAUAUCACAUAAAAGAGGGAGCAUUUGUUUUUGGUAAUCUAAUAUCGGUAAAUCGUGAUCCAAACCUAUGGCCAAAUCCCGAAGUGUUUGAUCCCAAGAGGUUUCUCACAAGUAAUGGUAAAUUCGUGUCAAACAUCCCGGGCUUUCAUCCCUUCGGAAUCGGACGGCGCGUAUGUAUUGGCGAAAAGCUGGCGCUCGCGGACCUGUUCUUCAUAACAGUGCGUCUCUUGAAGUCGACCAAUGAGUGUGUGUUGUGUCAAACAUCCCGGGCUUUCAUCCCUUCGGAAUCGGACGGCGCGUAUAAAAUGCUUGACCAAAAUUAUCAACAUUUAAUCAAUUGGUUAGUAACAGUCGGUAUCGGUUUAAUAACCGUAUAUUUGGUGCGAUUCUAUGUAAAAGUGUUUUCCCUACCCCGGGGUCCGUUCCCACUGCCCGUUGUGGGCAAUGCGUUGCUAUUUAGAAAUACAAAAGUGAAUCAAUUCGUGACAAUCAAUGAAUUGCACCAAAUCUAUGGCCCGGUGUUUACCCUAUGGAUUGGCGGAACACCAAUGGUUAUGAUCGCGGGUUUGAAUUUAAUUAAAACAGCAUUUAAUUCAAAACACAACGAAUUAAUGGGAAGACCAAAGACGGCGUUCAGCGAAGCGCUGUUGCAGUCGGGCAGUGACGUCGCCUUCACAGAUCACGGCCCGGUUUGGGCCAGUCUUAGACGUGUCGCACACUCGGCGGUCAGAAAACUAGCCAUAAGUGAGAAGUUGUCUGAUUUGGUGGACGAUGUCGUCGACGAGACCGUACAGACCAUGAAGAAGACAUAUCCAAUUGGCAAACCAUUUAAUCCCAAGAGUUUUAUUUACGCCAAUGUUUUCAAUAUAAUCGCUUCGUCCGCUUUUGGCAAACGAUACCAGUUUGAAGACAAAGAGCUCAAGUAUUUAGAGGAAACAUUUGAGUACUUUAGGGCCAACUCUAACGCGUUGUUAAUUUGCGAUCGCAUACCUGUCCUCAAAUUGUACCCAAAAUACGCCAAAGUAUUUACAAAAACUAUGCAAACAAUGAGAGGUCUGUCAGUGUUUGCGAGAAAGCAAUAUAUGGAUCACCUGAAGACCCAUUCCUCGGGUGUCGUCAACGACUUCUGUGACGCUCUCAUUGAGGCUAAAAAGGAGGCCAUUCAGGAGGCAAAGGAAAGCGCAUCCGAUUUGACCGAUAAAAAUCUUUCGCUCGUUAUUAUGGACUUAUUUUUUGCCGGUUCCGACACAUCUCAGUAUAUGAUGCGAUGGAUUCUACUAUUGAUGGCAAACAACACAGAAAUGCAGAUUCAGAUGAGGGAUGAGAUCGAGUCUGUGAUCGGCGAUAGAGUGGCCACUCAUGAGGACAGAAAUGAAUGCCAUUUUGUUAACGCUUUCAUUGCGGAGACACUUCGGUAUAGAGGGGUCGCACCCAUUGGUAUUCCUCACGUGGCGAUGUGUGACAUGCAAUUGGAUAAAUAUCACAUAAAAGAGGGCACUUUUGUGAUGGGAAAUCUGUUGUCUGUUAAUCGUGAUCCAAACUUGUGGCCAAAUCCCGAAGUAUUUGAUCCCAAGAGAUUCCUCACAAGUGAUGGUAAAUUCGUGUCAAACAUCCCGGGGUUCACACCCUUUGGUAUCGGCCGUCGUAUAUGUUUGGGCGAAAAGCUGGCGCUCGCGGACCUGUUCUUCAUAACAGUGCGUCUCUUGAAGUCGACCAAUGAGUGUGUGUUUGCGUUACCGACGGGCGACGGAUCCGCCGACUUAGACCCCAACCCCGAUAUACUGUUACUAAACACCCCAAAGCCCUACGAAAUUAUGCUAAAAACCAGAUAA